CACAACAAAACAACGCCAGACUAGUACCGAUGAUCGUCAUACACGCUUUAGCGUUUUACCGAGCACAUCGCCUGAGCAGCUUUACGAUAGGUUCAACUGCGGCUGUAACGUGAUAAAAAUAUAAUUUACAAUAUUACACAUUAUAAUAUAAUACUGACAAAGACGACGUCCAAUAAUAUCGUUAUAAAUUUAAAAUAAACAUUAUAUUAAGUCGUUUACCGAAAUAGCGACGCAAAGUGAUAGAUACACGAUUAACUUUGAACGACUUACCUCGGCCGUAAGAAAAAUGAUCGAAUUCAACAUUUACAGUGCAGUGUUAAUGCCGUUGGCUGGAUUAAUAUUGUAUGCGGUAUGGUCGCGUCUCCGUAUGCCACUGGAAUACCGACAGAUCUCGUCUCACGUGCCAUCAGUUACGAAAACCUUUUGGAGUGAAAUGCUAUUUUCGUGGAAACUUGCGAUGCUAAAACCCAUAGAUAUAUUGCCAUUUUUAACGGAUUUAAUAAGAACAAUUGGUCCAGUAGUCCACUUUAACCUUUCAGGCCGAUCAUACGUUUUGCUAAACGAUCCAGAUGAUUUAAAAAUUCUACUGUCCAGUACCCAAUACAUCAAAAAAGGUCCAGAGUAUGACAUGUUGAAACCUUGGCUGAACGAAGGUCUUUUGUUGAGUUCGGGUCAGAAAUGGCAAAACCGGCGGAAGCUCCUUACCAAUACGUUUCACUUCAAGACAUUGGACAUGUACAAUCCUUCCCUUAACAGACAUUCGCGUAUUUUAAUUGAUAAGCUAUUGAAUGCGUCUGCGAAUGGCAAUAGAGAAAUCUCCAUCCCUGAAUACAUUACUUUGUGUUCUCUGGACAUGAUUUGUGAAACUAUAAUGGGAACUGAGAUGAAUGCUCAAGAAGGUAAAUCGACUCAAUAUGUUCAUUCGAUUAAAAGUGCUUGCAAAUCAGUGAUUGAACGCAUUUUCAAAUUUUGGCUGUGGAAUGAUUUAGUAUAUAAAAUGAGCGAAAGUGGUCAAAGUUUUUUUAAUUCAAUCAAAGUGCUACAUGCGUUUACUGAUAAUGUAAUUAAAAGUAAACGAGCAUCGUUGAAUAACUCAGGAAUUGAAAAAAUGCAAUCAGACAGUAAAUUUGAAAAAACCAAAAAGAAAUCGUUCUUGGACUUACUUCUUAACGUCUUGAAUGACACGCCAGAUCAGAUGACCGAUAAAGACAUUCGUGAGGAAGUAGAUACAUUUCUUUUUGAAGGCCAUGACACAACUUCCAUUGCGAUGACAAUGAUUUUGGUUUUGCUAGGCAUGCAUUCAGAUAUACAAGAACAAGCUAGGGAUGAGAUGCGUAGCAUUUUUGAAGACUCUGAUAGAGAUGCUACGAUGGAAGAUUUAAAUGCCAUGAAAUAUUUAGAAGCCGUAAUCAAAGAAUCGCUUAGAGUGUAUCCAAGUGUGCCAGCUUUUACGAGAGAACUAGAAAAGCCAUUACAACUCAAAAACUACAUUAUUCCUCCAUUGACUACAAUAACAGUAUAUCCCUUUAUUUUACAUCGUAAUGAAGACAUAUAUCCAAAUCCUGAAGAAUUUAUUCCCGAAAGAUUUUUAGAAGAAAAAAAUAAAGCAAAUUUUCUAUUCGGAUAUUUACCGUUUAGCGCCGGCGCCAGAAACUGUAUUGGACAAAAGUAUGCAAUGAAUCAAAUGAAAAUAGUUGUAUCGACUAUUUUACGUAAUGCUAAAAUUGAAACCUUAGGAUGUAAAGAAGACAUUCAAAUUAGUAGUCAAUUAAUCAUAAGAAUAGAGUCACUUCCAAAGAUGAAAUUUUAUAAACUUUAAUAAAUUAUUUAUAGCAUAAUGAAUAGUGUAUAGAAUCUAUACGUCAUCAUCUAUACUAUAGAUUAAUAGAUCAAUAUAUUUGUAACCAUUUUAUUUAUUUUAUUUAAAUACAUAAUUUGUAAGUUUCCAAUUACUUAUAUCCAAGUAUUAUAUAUAUGGUAUGUUUUUUUUAUAUAAAAUAAACUUAAAUUUUAACUAAAAAGUAAGAAGUAUUGUCAAAUUUUUAACAGUACGAAAAUGUCAACAAUAGUGUUAUUUAUAAGUGGCGGGGAGGGGAAUUUACAUCAAUAUCUAUCUUACAUUGACGUCUAUUAGUUUAAAUUUGCACCAUAUAAGUGCUUACCUAUAAUAAUUUUUUUUUAACUGGGACAAGUUUAGAAAAAAACUAUAAUAUUAAUUUGAAAACUAUACUAUAUGAAAUAAAUAGUCGAUUUUGAUAAAAA